AUGGAUGAGAAGCCAGCGUCUCGUCCACCCACCAAGAAAGGGUGGUUUGAUUGGCAAUUCGAGCACCAUGACAAGGAGAUGUUAAUGGGCUUCGAGUUCUCGAAUCGCACCUCCGGUGCUGCCGACCUCCUCCAGAAUUGCGACCUCCCCCCUCCACUCAAGCUCUUCUCGUCCAUUGAAGAUGAUGACAAGAAGAAUAAGAUCUCCACCCCUUUGCUUUGGUUAACAAAGGAUGACAUCGAUCCUGGCAGCAGGGCGAACCAGUGGGAUGAUGAAUGGGGACUGGAUCACGGGGGUGAGAACUCGAGCCUGCUGAGAGCUCUGCGGCGCUCGCAAACACGAGCAAGAGAAGCCGAGAAGGCGGCGUCGCUGGCAAAUGCGAGAAACGAGCAGAUGGCCGCGUUGCUCCUGGAGAAGUCAUUGAGACUCUCGGCUCAUCGGCAGUGGGUGGCGCUGCUCGAGGUCGAGGUCUCGAUGCUUCAAGAAAAGAUGCUGUGGUCGGAGACAGAGGAACAUGGAGAAGGUGAUGCGGUGCCGGCGUCGGCGACGUGGUGCUUGGCUUUGGCCCUCUGCUUGGGAGUUGGUGGAGUGGGUUUUGCAUUAGGCCGAUGCUUAUUUUGA